AUGUUUGGCAUCAAGGACGAUUCGGUUUUCACCGCAUUCGAGGAUCAAGAGCUGGUCGACCCAUCUCCUCGAAAGACAAUGGACCGACGAACCGUCUGUCUGUCACGCGAGCUCCAGAUACCAAAGAUUUACAGAGCACCCGAGGUCAUCAUCGAAGCGCCGUGGUCGUAUCAGAUCGAUAUAUGGAACACGGGUUGCAUGAUCUGGUAUCUAUUCCAAGGUGGCCACCUGUUUACAGGACACGACCCAGAGCAUCAGACGUACCGCAGCACAUCGCUCGAGGAGAGAGAGGUCGGCCUGGAAGGCGAGAGUCGAGAGAGGUUCCUCGCCAUGAUACGGAAGAUGCUCCAUUGGGUUGCUUCGAAGCGGUCCUCGGCGAAGGCGCUGGCCGACGAGGAAUGGAUCUUGGAGAAUAUGUAG